AGAAAAAAACACACACACACACAAACACACACCUGCUGACCUGUGUGAGACAACGAGAAGUGGACGCGUCUGAUGCUGCGAGGCUAAAACAUGGUUUCCAUCGACCAUGUCGCUAACAAGUUGCUGACUUACGUCCCAUAUGUUCUUGUUUUGAUUGACAUGAGAUACGCAGGAGUGAAAUGCGGCCGGGAUGGAGGAGUGGACAGUCACAUGGAGAUGGGGAAGAAGCUGCUCGCCGCUGGCCAGCUAGCCGAUGCCUUGUCUCACUUCCACGCAGCUGUGGAUGGAGAUCCUAAGAACUACAUGGCCUACUACAGGAGGGCCACUGUGUUUCUGGCCAUGGGCAAGUCAAAGUCUGCACUGCCUGAUCUCAGCAGAGUUAUUGAGCUCAAACCAGACUUCACAUCUGCUCGCCUUCAGAGAGGAAACCUGCUUCUGAAGCAGGGGGGACUGGAUGAGGCAGAGAGUGACUUUAAGAAGGUGCUGAAAUCCAACCCCAGCGACAAAGAGGAGAAGGAAGCCCAGAGUCAGCUGAUGAAGGCGGAUGAGAUUCAGCGUCUGGUGGCUCAGGCGCGCAGCAGCUUCAACAGCCAGGAUUAUGGGACCGCUGCUGCCCAGCUCGACACCAUCAUUGAGACUUGCGUUUGGGACGCGGCCUCUCGGGAGAUGCGAGCGGAGUGUUUUAUUCUAAUGGGAGAGAUGGGGAAAGCCGUCAGUGACCUCAAAGCCGCAUCCAAGUUAAAGAAUGACAACACCCUGGCUUUCUACAAACUCAGCACCAUCUACUACAAUCUCGGAGACCACGAGAUGUCCCUCAAUGAGGUUCGUGAGUGCCUGAAGCUUGACCCUGAUCACAAACAGUGUUACAGCCAUUACAAGCAGGUCAAGAAGCUGAACAAACAGAUCCGGUCUGCAGAGGAACUCAUCCAAGAGGAGAGGUACGAAGAUGCGGUGAGCAAAUAUGAGGCCGUGAUGAAGACUGAGCCCAACGUGCCCCGCUUGUCUCUCCUUGCCAAGGAGCGCAUGUGCCAUGCGUUAGCGAAGGGCCUGCAGGGCAGCAGAGCCGUGUCGGUGUGUGGAGAAGUCCUCCGGUUGGAUCCGGAGAACGUCAACGUGCUGAAGGACCGAGCUGAGGCCUACAUCCAGGAGGAGGACUACGAGGCCGCGAUUAGUGACUACGAGACGGCGGCGAAACACAGUGAGAAUGACCGGCAGAUAAACGAAGGCCUGGAGAGGGCUCAGCGGCUUCUCAAGCAGUCGAAGAGGAGGGAUUAUUAUAAGAUCCUGGGAGUGAAGAGAACGGCCCAGAAAAAGGAGAUCAUCAAAGCCUACAGGAAGCUGGCGCAACAGUGGCAUCCAGACAACUUCCAGGAUGAAGAGGAGAAAAAGAAGGCUGAGAAGAAGUUCAUAGACAUCGCUCAGGCUAAAGAGGUCCUCACUGACCCAGAGCUGAGAGCAAAGUUCGACCAGGGGGAGGAUCCCAUGGAUCCAGAGAGCCAGCAGGCUCAACAUCAUCAUCACUUCCACGGAGGCCACCAGGGCUUCCAGGGCUUCAAUCCGUUUGGCUCCGGAUCCUUCAACUUUAAAUUCCACUACAACUGAGGACGCCGAUACUCGGCAAAGCUGGAGCACAUGGUCCAUCUUAUUUAAAGUGGAGAUCACUGGAAUGACUCUCACAAAGAUGUGCAGCAAAUUGUGUGUUUUCUUUUUUACUUCAGUGACCUUAAUUAAAUAUGCAUCUUUGUUGGUGAAUAAUACAACUUUGAAUUCCGUUUGGGGAAAACCACCAUCUGCCAAGUGUGAAGCUGCUUUUAACAAGUCAUGUGUAACACAAGCAUCCUUUCCAAGUAUUGUACACACUAUUGAUACCCAUUCUUAAGAUUCAAUUUAUACAUAGGUACAGUUCUAUUUUUAUAUGAAUGGAGUUCAUUGAGAUGUAAAUAAAGACCUAUUUAUGUACCUUUUUUUUAAA